AUGAAAGAGAGAAAGGGAACGCGUGGACAAUCCGUUGUUCAGGCACCAUAUGAAACCGGAAAGCGCGUUAAUCAAGCAAAGGCUAAACUUAAUUCUAAGAAAGAAUACACGAGUCGUGCGUCGAAUGAUAAGGGCAUUGUAUCAUUGGACAAAUUUCAUGAGGAUUUUCUGGAGUCGGUUAAAAACCGAGAGGUUGAAAUCACUCGGAUAUCAGGAGGCUGCUUGAACAAAUUACCAGGAGUUUUUUCAAUCGAUUCGAAAUACAUUUUCUGCGCUUGUUCAAAUGUCAUCAAGGUUUAUAGUGUAGCAACCGGCGAUGUAGUUAGAAUAAUUUCAGAAUCUCCCGAGAAGAACGGUCAUAAAGAUGAAAUUACUUGCAUCAUGUUAAAUCCAAACGAUUCGUCGCAAGUAUAUGAAUUGGGCAUUCCAAUUUAUCGAAUGAUGAUUCUUGCCUCUUAUCCGGAUCAAUUCUUCGUGGUCACCGGUGAGCCCAGGGUGUCACUUGAGAAAGAAAGAAAAGCUAGUGGUCACCAGAUGAGUCAGAAAUAUGUUCUCUUACAUUUCAAAUUUGACUCCAGAGAUGGUCAACCUAAAACUCAAAUUAUAUGUAAAUCUGGAUAUAGCUGUACUGGUUUAGAUGCCAGUGCCGAUGGAGAAUUUUUAGUUGUCACCUUCAUUCAAAUAAUUCGAGUGAUUAAAGUAAAAUCAAUUCAAGAUUCAAACAGACCAAAGUGGCCAAAGUAUUGUCUCAGUGAGAAUCAAAUCCAGGAUCCAGUCACAUCGACAGUUCACUGGCAUGCCCAUAAAGUCAACCACAUCACGUUCACAAAUGACGGCUCCUAUCUCCUCUCUGGUGGAGAAGAAGCUGUCCUCGUAAUAUGGCAGGUUGAGACGGGAUAUACGACAUUUCUACCUCGUCUUGGAUCAGAAAUUCUUUUCAUUACGAUCAGCCCUGACCAGACCUUAUAUGCGAUUAGCUUUACGGAUAAUUCGAUUAAGAUAUAUUCAGCGAUAAACUUAGAAAUCAAGCAAGCGAUACAAGGGUUAAAAUAUGCGCAAUUAAAUAGCACAAAAAAUCUCCUGUCCACCGGACUCGUGAUCGAGCCGCGAAACCAUUACGUAGUUCUCAAUGGAAACCCGGGAGCCAUACAAUUUUACAACGCUUAUACUGAUAGGAACGUGAUGGAAUUUGAGGUUUCGUCACGAAUUUUAGUAUCUAGAGCAUUUCAAAAAGAGAUGAUAUAUCAUCACGUAUGUCACGUGGCGUUUUCAUUGAAUGGGAGUUGGAUGGUUGAUUCCAGAGAUGAUCAUGAGACGACACCAGAAUUAUAUUUGAAGUUUUGGCGAUUUGAUUCCUCCUUGCAAACUUACGUCCUCAACACGCGUGUCGACCACCCGCAUUCAAAGCCGAUUGUGUCAUUGAAUUGUCAUCGUGGUUCCAGUGAUAGCAGUCCGGUUUUUGUAACCACCGGUUUAGAUAAUAAAUUCAAGGUGUGGCGGAUUAGUGCUGAAAAUGAUUCCAAAACUUCGGAGCGUCGGAUAGUGUGGUCGUGUACUUUUGUGGGUUCUUAUCGGCAAUAUACGCCGGGCACGGCAGCUUUUUCUCACGACGGAUCCAUACUCGCGAUUGCAUACGGCUCGAUUGUAACAUUAUGGGAUUCUCGAUUGAACGUUCUCAACCGUGUUUUACCAAAUAAUGAACCGGUAAAACACAUCGUCUUCACCAACAAUGCACCGUUCCUCGUGACCACAACAAGAAGUCACUUGUACGUAUGGAACUUGCUUACGUGCACGAUUUGGUGGAGUUAUAGACUGGAGGUCCAUCAUCUAGUUGCUGACCCCGAAAAUUCAAGUUUCGCCGUCGCAAGUAACAAUGAAAAGUUACUAGAAUGCACGUUCCUGAUUUUUGAUCCAAAGAAUUACAUCCCAAUUGUGAUUCAUAAGAUAAAGGAUUUUGUCGAAGCGAUGGCUUAUCUGCCAAAACGUCCCGACAGCAUAGAUUCGUCAUCGAAUCCUUUACUAUCGCAAAUUAUUUACUUGAAUCAAAAAUACGACAUGCUUUCGAUAGAAGACAAAGGUCCACAGUGA